AUGUCAUCGGCAGCGUCAGCGGGUGGCGACAACUCUCGCGAGAGCACGGUCAAUGGCGAAGCAGACGAUGCUGGCGAAGUGGUAGCGGUGGCAGCGGUGGCAGCGUCGGCAGAAGCGGCAGGGGCUCAUGCAACGGCAGCAGCUGACAGCGCGAACCCGGAACUAGACACGACGCAUCUGGCGAGCCUGCCGACAGAACAGCAAGAGCUUGCGCUGCUGCAGUUUGCGGCGCGGCUGGACAAGCACGUGAGCGGAUUGAUAGCGGACGACUGCACGGCGCAGCAGUUCUAUCUGAAGAAGGAGGUGUUUAAGAUUCUGAACCUGACGACGCCGUAUCCGUCGCGCGUGGUACGCAACACGCUGGGGCGCUGCCUGGCGCAGGUGCUCAGCCGGGGCGACCGCAAGCUGCUGUUUGAGACGAUCAACGACCUGAACGGAGUGGUGGCGAACAGCGGCAAGAUCCGGCUGGACGGUGGGGGCGAGGGCCGGACGAAGCAUGCGGCGGUAGUCUGCCUGGGCGAGGUGUUUGGGGCGGCAGGCGACAGUGCGAUCAGCCUACACCACGUGACGUGCAGUACGCUGCUAAAGGUGUUGAAAGCAGCACAGGGGCACGCAGGGAUGCGGGCGGCGGUGUUCAGCGCGCUGGGCAAGCUGGUGCGGUGCAUCGGGACGAGCUGCGACGAGGGGAUCGCGCGGGACAUCUGGAAGCAGGCGCGGAGCCACGCGUCAGGCGACAAGGGGACGCUGGUGUCGGUAGCAGCGUGCCGGUGCGUGACAGUGCUGGUGCGGCACACGACGUAUUUUGAGACGACAAGCGAUUUUGAGAGCAUCAGCAAGACGAUCUUCAAGACGAUCGACACGGCCUCGAGCCAGGUGCGGCGGGCGGCAGCAGACUGUUUCGUGGAGGUGAUGGUGAAGGGAUACGCAGAAUCGGUGUCGGGCAGCGGAGACGGCGGGGUGGUCAAGACGGCGCCGCGCAAGCUGCUGCGGUCGAAGAGCGUGAAGCGGCAGUCGACGCUGCCAGCGGGCCUACAGGACGACGACGACCUGCCAGGAUCGCGGGCGAGCAGCCCGGGGCCAUCGGGGGGGCGAGGCCACAACGUGCUGUCGCUAUCACUAAACGAGAUGCUGAAGACGCUGUCGACACACUACGUGCGGCUGUCGACGACGAACCGAGCGCGAGCAGCGAUCGGAGUGUGCUACGGGCGGGUGCUGCAGCGGCUGGGCGAAAAAGCAGUGGAGCAGAGCUACCUGCAGAUCAUGGACAGCCUGACGGUGGAGGUGCUGGGCCACGGCAACAUUGCGAACAACCGGUACCGGCUGCUGACGGCGCGACGGAUGGUGGACACGAUCGUGCAGGAGGUGGUGGGCCGACGGAUCUUGAGCGAGGCCGGACAGAUGGCGGCAGCGAAGGCGCUGGUGGACGAGAUCCUGCGACACUACCCGGCGGUGACGCGGGAGCGGACAGAGCCGAGCAAGCAGACGCUGGUGGCAUCGCUGGGGGCUCUGUCAGCGCUGAUCGAGGCGUUGGGGUCGGCGGCGAACGGGGUCGCGGAGGGAUGCCGGGACAGCGUGCUGCAGAUGCUGCCACACCCGACAUACAGCGUGCAAGUGGCAGCGGCGGGAUGCCUCCAGGCGUUUGUGCUGGCGUGUCCACAGCAGCUGCUGCCGUGCCUGUCGGUGUGCAUGAACAGCCUGACGCGGGAGCUGGGACAGCUGAGCGGCAGCGGAACGCAGCAGCAGCGACGGUGUCUGGGGUUUGCGCACGGGCUGGCAGCAGCGCUGAGCGUGAGCCCUCUACGGGCACUAUACGGAUCGGUGGAGAUCAACAGCCGGGUGCUGACGAUGGCGACGGACCUGCUGAAGACGAGCGGCAAGUCGGAGCUGCGGGUGGCGAGCGUGCAGAUCCAGGUGGCCUACGUGCUGCUGGGAGGACUGAUGGCGCUGGGGCCGAACUUUGUCAAGAUCCACCUGUCACAGAUGCUGCUGCUGUGGAAGAACGCGCUGCCACGGCCGCUGUCACGGGACAAUGUGGCAUCACGGACGUACCUGGAGACGUCGUUCCUGACGCAGAUCCGGGAAUGCGCGCUGGGGUCGAUCCUGGCGUUCCUGCAGGCCAACGGGCGGCUGCUGACGGUGGACGUGUCGAAGCGAAUUGCGGCGAUGCUGCAACACACAGCAGCCUUUCUGAAGACGCUGCCGGGACGGAAGACGACGGAGGACAUGAGCCAGCGGCUGACGCCGGCACUGCAGCUGUCGGACCUGGACGUGAUGGUGCAGCGACGACUGCUGCAGUGCUACCUGCAGCUGAUACGGCUGGCACCGGGUGGCAGUGCCGAGACGCUGCUGCAGUCGAACCUGCUGACGCUGGUGGUGUCGCAGUUUGCAGACCCGGAACCCAGCAGCACAAGCGGAGGACUGAGCGCGUCGAUCGCGACGGCAGCCGGGGCCUUUGAGACGAUCUGGGACGUGGCCGACAACGUGGGCUUUGGCGUGACAGGACUGGUGUCGGGAUUCCGGGUGCGACGACUGGCAGGCCAGCACGAGAAGAGCGCGGCCGAGGAGGAGCAGCAGCAGCAAGAGCUGCUGGCAUCACUAGACGAGACAGCGGGGCCAGAGGGCGUGAUAGAGAGCCUGCUGCUGUCGCCCGUGUGCGGUGCGGCCGAACACGACGCAUCGCUGCUGUAUAUCGGGGGAAGUGGAGGAAAUGGAGGGGAUGUACAGCUUCCCGAUCCACCGGCAACCGAAGUGGUCAAUCUGGCGAUCCAGCUGUUCGCACACGUCUUCCCGCUGACGGUGGCCAAGGUGCAGGAGAGCAUCCUGGAGCAGCUGGCGACGUUCAUGUCGGCCGGACAGCUGCAGCGCGACCCGGGACGCAAAGCGGCGAUCAAGGUGAACGUGGCGGUGGCGGUGCUGCUGACGCUCAAGGUAGCAGUGCGGGAGACGCCAGCAGCAGCGGGCACGGUGACGAGCGCGGCCGUGGAGAAGCUGCUGCAGGAUCUGGUGCGUGGAUUUGUCCUGGACGCGGACCAGUACGUGCGCAGCCUCGGAUACGCAGCGAUGGGACGGCUGUGCAGCGCGAGCGGCAACGCGUUUACGAACCAGGAGAUCCGGUAUCUGGUGGACACGAUCGUGGUGAACCGGGAGCCGGCUGUGCGCGCAGGCUGUGCGAUGGCGCUGGGCUGCAUCCAGACGCGGGUCGGCGGGAUGGCGGCGGGCUACCACCUGAAGACGAUCCUGGGGAUCCUGAUGUCACUCUGUAACGAUCCGCACCCAACAGUGCACUUCUGGGCGCUGGAGGCCUUUGGCCGAGCAUCGGACGCGGCCGGGCUAAACUUUGCGAGCUACGUGGCGAGCACGCUGGGCAUGCUGGCACAGCUGUACGGAUCGGAGCAGCACCACGGCGAGGUGGCUUCGGCCGUGUCGAUGAACCUGGAGGCGGAGCGGUCGACGACAGCGGCGAUUGCACGCUGUGUGGACGCACUGAUCAACGUGUUGGGUCCAGACCUGCAGGAGACGACGCGACCGCGCGAGCUGAUUCUGCAGCUGGUGCGCCAGUUUGGCGACGAGGCCGACGUCCAGGUGCGACGGGCGAGUCUGGGCUGUCUCGAGCAUCUGUCGCUGUAUGCGCCUGGAUUCGUCGACUUUGGCGACUAUGUGCGCCGGCUGCAGGGCUAUGCCGUGUCGGAUGACCAGGCACUGCGUGAUGCGGCCAUCGACGGGCUAUACAACCUGAUGAAGCGAGGAGCCGACGAGGUGGUGGCAGCAGCCGAGCCCGGACUCGAAGACCAGCUCUGGCUGGUGCUGGACCGGCAGCCGAGCCACGAGGGGGUUCGAAACCUGCUGCGCAGCUGGCUACGACAAACGUGUCUGCAGGACACGGCAGCCUGGCUGCAGCGAUUCCAGCGGGUGCUCAAGAUGACGCGGCCGAAAGUGCCGGAGACGACGCGAAUGGCAGCAGCAUUUCAGGCGGCAGCAGCGGCACGAGUGGUCGACCUGCAGGACGAGGAAGUGGCCGGGCUAGGAAACGCAGUAGGAGGAGGGGAAGAGGGAGGUCCGACCGAGAGCGGUCCAGGAGAUGGUCCUGUCUCGGCUGGAGGCGGUGCAGGAACUGCUCCAGGUUUGGGUCCUUCUGUGGCCGAUCCGGACGUGGAGCCGCUGCGAUGGCAGGUGGCGACGUUUGUGCUCAGCCUGCUGGCCGAGGUGUUUGAGCUGGUCGGCAAGGACGCGGCAGCGACAACCAACAUCAGCGGCGAGAUGUCCACGGCGACAGCAGCGCUGCAGCGAGGGAUCGCCGACGUGGUCCGCAUGGCCUUUUCGGCAUCGACGUCGGGCGUGCUGGAGCAGCGGCUCCGGGGACUGCAGAUCAUCGGGGCCGUGCUGCGCAUGUUUGGCCGGGCAGCCGAUCCGGACUUUGACGAGGCCAUGCUGCUGGAGCAGUACCAGGCACAGAUCAGUUCGGCCCUGACACCGGCCUUUGCAGCGGACUCGUCGCCCGAGCUGGCCUCGGAAGCCGUGCACGUAUGUGCUGCCUUUGUGGCGACGGGCAUCGUGACCGAUGUCGAUCGGAUGGGUCGGAUCCUCAAAACGCUGGUCGGCGCGCUCGACGGGUUUCUGGAGGCAGGAAACGACGAGGAGCAGACGCGCGAAGGCGGCGGGAUCGGCGAUCUGCGUGGACUCAGCGCCAACGCGACCGUCAUGGUCCGGAUGGCCGUGUUUGCAGCCUGGGCCGAGCUGCAGGUGGCCAGCCUGGAGCAGCGGUAUCUGGUCGACGUGCUGCGGCCACAUAUUGGACAGCUGACUAAGCUAUGGCUCGAGUCGCUGCGCGAAUUUGCCCGGCUGCGCUUCGAGCCGGACAUCUCGAUGACGCUGGGGCCACCGUCGCUGUCGGGCAGCCUAGACACGAUCUACGCGGCACUGAACCGCGAGACCCUGCUGGCCUUUUACCAGGACGCCUGGCUGAAGCUGGUGGACGCGAUCGCGAGCCUGAUCGAGCAGGACAGCGCCUUUGUCUUUGACGCGCUGGACGGAGGACACGGACAGGACAUGGGUGUGCCGAGCGCCGAGAAGACAGCCAAGACCGAGGAGACAGACAUCAACUACCGGGACGAGCCGGUCGCCUUCUUCUUCGUCCUCUUCGGCAUCGCCUUUGAGGCCCUGGCAGCACGACAAGGCCAGGCCGACUCGCUCGCGGCACCCGGCCAGACGCUCGAGAUUCUGCGGGCCCUCAAGAAGAUCUUGCACCCGAGCGUGUCGGGCCAGGCCAUCUACCGCGACGCCGUCUUUGGCGAGACCAUGGACCUGCUGGACCGCCUCGCCCUGACCGAAGGCCUCGACGUCCAGGGCGUCAUCGUCGACAUUGCCCGCGCCCUCUGUCUGGCCCAUCCGGCUGCCCGGACCCGUGACGAGGCCGAGACCGGCGAGCUGUCCGACGACAUCGAGCAGCUGUUUGAGCUGACCCGCAUCAUCGUGCUCGUCCUCUCCGGACUGCUGCCCGAGCUCACGGCCACGCCGGGCGUCCAGAUCGCCAUCACCACCUCCGCCUCCACGCGCUACGCCAUGACCGAGGAGGCCGUCCUGCUGCUCGUGCGCGCUGCCCUCGACGCGCUCGUCGACGCCGCCGAGGUCUUCCCGGCCGUCAUCCGCACCGAUCUCCACGCCUGUCUGGUCCACAUCUUUGCCACCAUCCUGGCCACGCCCGCCUGCCAGGACGUGGUCGUGCCCCAGGCCCUGCCGACGCUCAAGCGCUUCAUCGCCACCGCCGGCCAGGACGUCCAGAACGUCCAGGAUGUCCAGACCCAUGCCCAGCUGCGCAGCUGUCUGCGCCGCUUCCUGUCCAUCUACCUGCACGCCCAGAAGCGCGAGCUGCCGACCGCCCUGGCCUGCGUCAAGAACUGCCUGCUGGCCAUCACCAUGCUCUUCACGGCCGCGCCCAACGUGUACCUCGCGGCUGGCGAUCCGCUCGUGGCCAAGUUCCUGGACGAGCUGCUAGACUGUCUCACCGAUCGGAUGACUGCCAAGAUCGCCGCCAACUGUUGUCGCUCCCUCCUCCUCCACAUGCGUCCCGCCGCCGCCGACCAGAGCGUGGGCCGCUACCUGCUGCCGCGCCUGCUCGGCUUCGUCGCCAACACCAACCGCGACGACCCCGAACACGCCCGCACGAUGGUGUCGCAGACCCUGACUGCCUUUGUCAUCGCCAAGUCUGCCGCUGCCGCGUCGGCGCCCGACCCGCCAGCCGCCCGCACCGCCGUCGCCGUGGCCAUGGCCCUGGUCAUCCCGGCGCUGCUGGCCCGAGCAGCAGGCGAGCUGGGGACGAUGGAGGCUGGUGGUCCGAGUACGAGUACGAGUUCGAAUGCGAGCACGACAGCCAUCUACCGCGAGACUUCGGGCCGGCUGCUCGAGCUCGCGUCGGCCGACCCGACCGCCUUCCGCAGCGUCGUCGGCGGCCUCGCCGACAACCAGCGCGCCUUUAUGGAAGACGUGAUCAAGGCCGGCCGGCAGCCGGACUCGGCGCGGACGGCGACGACGACGACCGAACAGCCGACAAUCGCACUGAAGAUGAACUUUGGAGGGGGAGAAUAG